UCAGUCUGUCACUUACUAGCAGACGUUUUUGUUGUUGUUUGUUUGUUGCUGUGUGUUUACACGUUAUUGGCAGUCAAGCACCGAGCACUCUUCCUGGCCGGGCGGGGUGUUUUGAACUACAACCACAGAAGAGUUGAAGCCCGUAUUUCAAUGGUGUUGAUGGCACUCAGAAAACAUUAUUUCUUAACAAUAUUGUUCCAAUCCUAACAAAACAUGGGGAGACUUGGAGGCAACAGGAGAAUAGCUCUACGUAAGCGCUUUACGAAAUCAAAACAACGUUCUGUGAAGAAGAAUCCUGAUACAUGCUUGACUGAUGAAUCUGGAGCAGAGCAUAUUUCCGAUGAUGUACAAGCUGUAACUGAAAACCCACCCUUGACCCAACCAGUGCACUGUCCUGAUACUAGUACUCUGACUCAAGCAAGAGCAUCUACUCCAACUGAUCAGUUCUCCGCACACGUUGCUACUGAACAGCCAUGCUGUCUCAUUGAUACUUAUUACUCUAUUGACAACAAUUUGAGUACAUCACCAGCUGAUUGCAAGGCAAUUGAUGCUUCUCUUGAUAUUCGGAGCUUACCUGUCAAUGCCAAUCAAUCUGUAAAUGUGCCUUUUGAGGUUCAACAGAUCAAUUCAGUUAGGGAAAUCACCAAAGUUAACCAAAGUGCAUCUACUCACCAAUGGAGAGGUGCUGUUCCUUUUAAGGUCGCAGAAAUUAAAAUAUUAGAGGAUACAUCAGAGUGUCCUGACACAUCAUGUGAGCUUCAGUUAAGUUCAUCACCUGAACCCAUCCUUGCCAAGAUUUUUCCAUCCUCGUCCAACAUUUGUAAUCUUGAGGAAGUUGAAACUCGCCUGAAACAUUCUUUGCCACCAUAUUGGCAGUGCAUUAAUUGGACUGUCACAGGUGAUAAUGGAAUCUCACUGUUGAAGCUUGCUGACAGUAUGUGUUUUUUACCACAGAGACAAAUUCACAUCUCUGAAAAUGGUGUUGUGCAUUUGUUUGUACAUGGCAAACCCUUAGGACUUGACCAUGAAAUAUGGGGAAAGCUGCCAGAGAGAAUCUCACUGUCCACUCAUGCUGUGGAUGAGUCCUUUGAGUAUGCCUUGGCUAUUUGGAAAUUAGUGAGGCGUUAUGAUAUCUGUGCUGGGUGCAAUCAACCGCAGGAACAGCCUGUAGCAAAUAAAAUGGAAAGAGCAGUUUUUUCUCCUAAUAUGUUUAGGGAAAGUAAAUAUUCUACCACAUACAGGUCAGUGGAUUGUGGACUCUUAGUUAUUCCUGUCACUAGAAAUACUGUAUGUUCUGCAUGCAGGAUUCUGCGAUCGAAUAUUAGAAAAAGAAUUAGUAGGCAAGCUAUCAAAGAUAAAAAAGAAGUCUGAGAUAUUAGAAAUAGGUUUAGAAAUUGCAGAGGGGCAGGUGGGUAGGGUGACAGUGCAAUUGCUUGUCAUGAAACUUAACUGAUGCGUACGGCGUACAUCCAAAAUUGAAGAGGUGCAGAAUUACAGUGUUUCAGAUAGUUUGUAAGAUGCUCACUUUCAUUUUAUUCACCGUAAAUGGUGUCAGAAUUGUAACUGCCACAUAUGUUGUUAAAAAGAUUAAUGCUGAAUCCUUAA